AUGGUGGCCGCACGACCCACCUCGGCCAGCUAUCCUCAUCCGCCGCAGCGCGACUCCUGGUUCGCGCCGCUGUCCAUUGACCUCAUCGUCAAGGUUCUCAAGGUCACGCUGCUGCACCCAUUCGUAUGCUGCCUGAUCCCACUCUGCCUGCGGGCGCGGACGGUGAAGUGGGAUGCGCCGCCGAUGGUCGCCGCCUUUGCCUGGGCCGCCUUCGUCUCCCUCUGCUGGUUGGGGCAGGCGGUGAAUGAAUGUGUCGCUCACGGUCGGCCUCGUGAGGUGGACCUGAGCGAGGAGGUCAUCGUCGUCACCGGCGGAGCCAGUGGGCUCGGUCUGCUCGUUGCCGAGGUGUACGGCAUCCGCGGCGCAACGGUGGCGGUGCUGGACGUCAAUGAUAUGGAGAAUGGCGAGGCGCGGGGCGUGACCUUCUUUCGCUGCGACGUGGGCGACAGGGAGCAGGUCGCAAACGUCGCCGCCAAGAUCGAGCGCGAGCUCGGCACGCCGACCGUCCUCGUCAACAACGCAGCCAUCGUCGUCGGCAAGUCCUUCCUCCACCUCACCCUCGACGACAUCGACGCCAGCCUCGGCACGAACCUCCUUGGCCCCUUCUAUUGCCUCAAGGCCUUUCUGCCGGCCAUGAUUCGCUCUGGCCGCGGCGGAACAGUCGUCAACAUCUCAUCCGUCAUCGGCCACCUCGGCGCCGCACGGCUAACCGACUAUGCUGCCGCCAAGGCCGGCAUCACGGCCCUGCACCGCUCGCUGUCGGCCGAGCUGCGCGAAUCCCACCCCGAGAUACGCACCGUUCUCGUCACGCCAGGCCAGCUGAGCACCCCGCUCUUCUACGGCGUCCAAACGCCCAGCAGCUUCUUCGCCCCUGUCGUUGAGCCUAUCGAGGUGGCCAAGGAGAUCAUAGCUGCCAUCGACACCGGUGCGGGCGCGACGACGGCCAUGCCAUUCUACGCCCGCUGGGUGGACUGGUACAACGUGCUUCCAGCGGGCAUCCAGCGUCUCGCACGGCACAUCUCGGGCAUCGACUGCGGCAUGAGCACGUUCGUCGGGAGGAGCGGGAGGGAAGGCGGCGCCAACCGAAAGGACCUUUGA